AAGUCCCGAGCUUGUCGUUGAUUGGGUAGUCAUAAGAUUGUGACGUCAUAAGAGUAUGUAAAAACGAAAAGUGGCCGCUUAUAACUGAAUUGCUGUUGUGUACCUACGGAGCGGUAUGUACCGCUUCGAGGUUGCCUGCAAUCAUUCUACACCUGGAAGCGUAACUGAGCAAAGAGUUGGAACCGAUACACGUACGGUCUGUCUCUAGAUCGACGCGCCAGAGAAGGCACGUAGUGUCAUCGUUUCUCUAUCAAUUCAUUCAACAACAUGGGAUGCUGCGCUUCUCGCCCGCUGGUCGGAGACAACAUCUACAUAGAUUUUCCAGACGUGCAACCGAAUGUCGACCAAAGAGUCAACACGGAAACAGCAGAUGUGACUACCACUCAACAGCAAGACUCUGAAAGCUCCAAAUUCGAUAAACUCUUGACUCCUGUCCAAGAUUUGCAGCCACGAAUCUACUCAAUAUUUCGUACUCUGAUGCGUUUGGAAGAAAAACACAUGAAUUGUCUGAGACAGGCUGAGGAGUAUCAGGCAAGAACAACAGAAGAUAAAACUCUCAUCAACAGAGAGCUUGACGUCAUAUUUGGAGAUACUCAGUCUUUGCUUUCCAUCCAAGACAUCAUCAUUCCUACAGUCAAAAACUGCAUGGAGAAAAGCUCGACGCAUUCCGGAGUAAAGUCGUCACUGCUGAACGCAGCUGCUACUUACUGGAGGCUGUGUGAGACCUUCAAGAAACAGGCUCUCAACUGGCUAGCAAGGAGGUCAUUUACUUACAUGCUGACAAGAAGACACCCGGAAAUGGUUGAACUCUUACAGCAAUGUGAAGACGCUGAGAUGCUGCUACCACUGGACAAGAUUUUGACUCUGCCAUUGCAACGUGUUACAAGAUAUGAUGAAAUAUUCUGCCAUCUCCAAGAAAUGGCAGCAAGUGCUGGUAUGACACAAGAAGCAAGCAGUCUAGAAGAGACAAGAAAGGCAAUAUCGGCUGUCAUUGAGUCAGUAAAACAAGUUGAUGAUUUGAGUAGAAGAUUCGAAGGCAUGUGGAAGACAACUCUAGUAAUACACAACGUCAAGAACGCCAGUCUAAAGUCCAACCCGACUGCACUGAUACAUCAUGCAACAGCAAAGUGGCAAACAAUUCCCGACGAUGUCAUACAAUUCCUAAACCGCCACGGAAUAGUACAACACAGUGUCUGGGAAGUGCAUUGUUUCUUGUUUGAAACCCUACUCAUCACAAUUUGCAUCGUGGACAAAAUGCGCGAUCUGUUUUAUGGCCAUGUCUAUCCUCUGAGUUACGUGGCCAUCAACAGCAUCCACGAAUGCGAGACAACAUGGACUGUGUAUCGAUACGACGUGGAAUACUGUGAAUUGACACUGAGCAGCAGCACGCAAGAAGACAAGUGGAUGAUGAUUAACCUAAUCCGAGAAAAAGCGCGACUUCUUGGAUACAUCAUGAGUGAUGAUGAAGACGACAAUGAAAGUGAUGAGGAAUUUGUUGAUCAAGCUCCUCCUCUGCAGUGCCGACAUCAAUUGCAAUUGUUGAUGAAAGAGUUGGUAACCACAGAAGUGACAUAUGUAAAGAACUUGGACUUGUUGAUGAACACUUACCUUCUGCCACUACGAGCUGAGAAGGUUUUGACAGUAGACGAGACAAACAGCAUUUGCUCCAACAUUGAACAAAUAGUGGCACAUCAACGAGUAUUUCUGAAAGCACUAGAGACUGCUUUCUAUCAAUCCAAUGACAGCAGACAGGCAAUACAAUGUAUCUGUGCCGUGUUCAAUGCCAAUAGUGAACACUUCAAGCUCUACACCGACUACAUAGUAGGUCUAUCGCAAUGCAAUAACGUUCUAGUCGAAAAACACCUUGAACUCGAAAAAUUUGUCACAAAGAAACGUCCUUCAGAACAACAUGCGCUGUCUCUGCCAUCCCUACUGAUCACACCAUUCCAGAGAUUACUUCGAUACCCAUUGAUUAUAAAAUCAGCCAUUUCCUGUACGAAAAGCGAGAGUGGAUGGCAAAAGGAGAUGGCACUGCUAGAAGAGACUGUGGCUGCAAUAGAAGCAAUAUGCAGAGAUAUCAAUGAGAAGAAGAGGAAGAAGGACAAUUGAUGAGGGAGACACCCAAUUCUGUAAAGGAUCUCUUUGUCACGAUAAAAUUACUGCAACGUUGGUUGCAGUCGUGGACCCAACACAACCACGUAAAAUGCCCAACAACAACUUCACUGAAAAACAAAUUAAGUUGUGACUGGUACGUAUCGUAAGUGUGCUAAAUGAACACAAUACAAUACACGGUUCAUACUUCAUAAAAUAAAUGGACAGCCAUAAGGACCACCAAAGGCAAUCAACUAAACACGAGGAGUCACAUAUGAUGCAUUGGUACGCCAAUAUAAACACAAAUUCAAAUGGAACUGACAACAUGCAUGUACAUUUACUGUACAUGUAUGUACCUUGGUUCUGCAAUAAGG